AUGUCUUCCGCACCUGAAUAUGUGAUGGGAACGCAAGGCUUUGCCGGUGCCUGGAACGAUGAGAACAUCGCAGAGCUCAUCGAGCAUCUCGAAGCAGCCAAUAUCAAGCACUACGAUACUGCUCGACUGUAUCCUAUCACCGACUCCGGGGCUUCGGAACGCCUUUUAGGACGUGUACGAAAGCCAGAUUUCAUAAUCGACACUAAGAUUCUCUACAAACCAGAAGGUUUAUUGAGAGAGAACAUGAGAGAUUCAUUCAACAAAAGUAUUGAGGCGCUUGGAGUUACCUCGGUCAACACACUUUACGCCCAUGCACCCGAUAAAGCCACACCCAUCACCCAACAAGCUGCUAACUUCGAUGAGCUCUAUCGUGAAGGAUCAUUCAAACACAUGGGGCUCUGCAACUACUCCCCAAAAGAGAUUAUCGAGUGGAUUGAGAUCGCCAUGGAGAAGGGCUAUGUCCAACCCACCAUUUACCAAGGCCAAUACAGCAUUUUCUGUCGCCACUAUGAGAAGGAGCUUUUUCCCCUUCUUCGAAAACAUGGAAUCACAUUCGUAGCCAAUUCCCCACUGGCAGGCGGCUUUGCAACAGGCAAGUUGACUUUGGCUGAAAACGAUGAAAAAUUGAAGGGGACGCGAUUCGAACAGGUUGAAGGUAAUUUGAUGGGCUACUUGUAUCGUAUGUGGUUUGAUAAGCCGUUAUUUCAUCAUGCUGUGCGAGAAUUGAUUGCUAUCGGGGAGAGAUUUGGGAUCUCCAGUCUAUCUCAAAUUGCUAUGCGUUGGCUACUGUUUCAUUCUGGGUUGAAGAGCACAGAUUCGGUGGCCAUUGGGCCAACUAGCACUGCCCAGCUAAAGUAUUAUCUAGCAGCUCGUGAUGCUGGCUCUUUGCCUGACGAGAUGGCUGUGGAAAUUAACAAUCUAUAUGGUCCAUUGCGGGAUGAAGCAACGGGAAUGGUGGAAUUUGGAUGGUGGUCAUAA